UAAGGGAGGAGUGACUGUCUGCCAUGCUGCCUGCUGUCUUACAAGCUAUUCUCCUCCUGCCCUGGUGCCUGGCCCUCCCUGCGCCUCCUGCUACAGACCUUAAAGGAUGGGACUUUGUUAAGGACUACUUCCAUCAUUUUUUCCUCACCAAGAAGGAGCUGCCACUCCUUACGGCGGGGGAGCAGAUACGGUUCCUGCAGCAGUUCUUCCGUCUGAACGUGACAGGCUCCCUGGACAAGCAGACGCUCGACGUGCUGCGCCGGCCCCGCUGCGGGGUUCGCGAUGUGGCUGACUACUCGGUCGCCCCAGGAAGGCCCAGAUGGAAUAAGCACACUUUGACCUACAGCAUUAUCAACUACCCAUAUGGCAUGAAGCCAUCCACGGUGGAAGACAUCAUACGUGAUGCAGUUUCCAUCUGGAGCAGUGUGACCCCCUUGAUCUUCCAGCAAGUGGAGGGUCAAGAGGCCGACAUCAAGAUUUCAUUCUGGGCCUUGGCACACGGAGAUGGUUGGCCGUUUGAUGGGCCAGGUGGUGUCUUAGCCCAUGCCUUUUUUCCAAAUUCUGAAACUCCAGGAGUCGUCCACUUUGACAAGGAAGAACAUUGGUCUACUUCAUAUCGGGGCAUUAAUCUCUUCCUGGUUGCUACUCAUGAGCUGGGUCAUUCUUUGGGCCUAUACCACUCUAGAAACCAGAACUCCAUAAUGUACCCCACCUAUGAGUAUCAGGACCCCAGGACCUUCCACCUCAGUGCAGAUGAUAUCAGAAGAAUCCAGCAGCUGUAUGGGAGGAAGAUGUUCAUCUGAAAUGUCCUAAUCCUGGUAAAGAGGACUCAAGUUGAAUCAUUCAACUGAAGCCUUUCAAUGGCUUCACUGGAGGGUUAAAUAACUUAAGGCACUAAAGCAGCUUUGGGGACUCCUAGAACUAAGGCCUAAAAAAAGGGUA